AUGAUGCUGCUGCAAUAUGCGGUUAAUUGCACCAUACUAGUACUUCUCAUUACUUUUGCGUUCAGCUAUCAAACACCAAGAAACCAGGAACGCGUCGAUAGUCGAUUUGUUCUGGCAUCAUUUUUAUUUGGAGCCGAGGGAAAGUCUAGCGCGGAGUUUGAGAAGGAAAUCGAAAGUAUUGAGGACUUUUUAGAAAUUAUCGAAGACAUAGGGAAUGCUUACUACGGUGCGCCUGAGUCGUCGAGUGGUGCAUUUAUGCAUUACGUUUACGGGAAGGACAACUCAACACCGGUUGCUCCACUCCUUGAGAUAUCCUUAUACGAAGGGUACUACGGAUCUUCAGCACGCUCAACAGUUCUGCACGAAAAGUUUGAUAUUUUAGAGGAGAACCCCCUGGGGCCCUUUGCAAAUCCAAACUCUUUGAUAAAUGAGAGUGAGCCAUGCGACCCACAACGAGACGCCGAUGGUUCGUACUUCAUUCCUUGUCGGGCCUCAGCGAUUGGAGAGCUUUUUGACCGUCUCAUCUGUGUUAAGCUGUCCUUCUCAUUUUUCUCAUUGGUACGAAGCCAGGACGGCAGACCUCAACCUAGAGUGUGGUUUGCCGAGUUUCUUUUUGAGUUGUCUGGGCAUGGCUCUGUGAUGGUCAUGAAAGUUUCCCUUGACAGUGUUGAGAAGCGUGUGCCUGAACGUUUACCCGUAAUGAUAUCCUUUGCUCUCUUGCCCUUGGUGGCGAUGGGGUUUCUGCUACGCAUCCGAACGUUCCCACGGUUUUCGGCGCCUAUAAAACAAUUACUUCGAAUGCAACCUAACCCCUCUUCUGAGAGGCAUUCACGGUUCUGUUUUGAUACCCGUACUGGGGAAGGUGGUUGGCGGUGGCUGGGUUUUAUUUCCGACAUGCUAACACUAUCGUUUAGCAUCACCUCACUUGUGGCUCAACACAUGCACAGGACGGACACCGCUGUUGAGCAGGCAGUAACGAUUCUGCUUGGGUUUGCCACGCUUGUACACUGUGCCCGAUUAGUGUCUAUCUUGAAGUUGUUCCCUAGUCUUUACGUCGUGUUCAACGGUAUCGUGACAGCGGGAAGGCAACUGUCUAUGUACGGACUAGCUGUCUUUCCCAUAUUGUUUGGCUACUCUGUCUGUGGAACUGCAGUCUUUGGGGCGUACGGGAGAUACUUUAGCACGGUACCGCUGUCGAUUAUCAGUCUUUUUUGUGCCACCUUUGGUGACAACCUCAUUGAUACCUUUUUGGAGAUGGAUCAGUCGCCCUUUCUUCUGCAGCUCCUUUUCAGCCGUUUUUUCAUCAUGACCUACUUGCUGUUCUUUAUUUGCAACGUCCUCAACGUGGCUCACAGUAUCAUUCAGGACUCCUACACGUAUGCCGUGCGAAUGUACAUGGCAGCGCGCCGUGAGGGCAAUAACGCUGGCCGUAGCGCUGCCAAUAUGAACACAGAGGAGCUGAGCAACAUGUUGGAAAAGAUGCGAGGGUGA